AUGCCACUAAAACCUAUAAAAAGAGGAUAUAAAGUGUGGACUAGAGCAGACAGCGAAACUGGCUAUGUUUUUGAGUUUCAAGUUUACACAGGGAAACGUGAUGACCAAUCAACAGAAUUCGGAUUAGGAGCCAAUGUUGUCAAAUCUCUUACACAGAAGCUAAUAGAUGAGGGGUUCCGUGGACAUGUGACUUUCGAUAACUUUUUCACAUCCUAUGAAAUAUUGCAAUAUCUAUUCAAUAAUGGUAUAUACGCCACAUCUACCGUCAACAGCAAUAGACCAGACCUACCUACUCCUACUCAUAAUAAAAACGGCGAAAAACAAGAAUUUACCAAGAAACAAAAAAAUAUCUUUGGCAAGAGGCGAUUUUAG